UUGGCCAUCUCCAAAUUUUGGAGAGAAAAGCCACUGUUCACACAAAAACAGCCGUCCAGCAGCCUCUCUAUCUCCAAAAAAAAAUUUAGAUUUGCUACAGUAGCUCUCCAGGCCUGGAGAAUACUGUAGCAAUCACUGUAGAUUUUGCAAAUAUUAUUUCUCAUUAAACUAAUACCAGUUGAAUUAAAAAAAUAUUUUUUUCUCUUUCCUUCCUUUCUCUUUCGUCUUCACUCCGUCUCUCUCUUGCUUCUCUUUAGAAAAAAACUCUCUCUUUGCUUCUCAUCAGAAAACAACGGUGAAGCUUAAAAUCGACGAAGCUCUCUCUCACAAAACGAUCUGCCCAGAUAUUUUGAAGCCCAAAUCGUGGCUCAACCACCAGUGAGGAAGAACGGAAAUCUGAGAACAUCGGUCAACAAUGGAAAUCUGAGAAUAUCGGUCAACAACGGAAAUCGGGAUGGAUUCGGGUAUUCCAAGAGGCACAUCAUUCACUGAUCUUAUAGAAGAUAGCUUUAAUGAUUAUAUGUCUGGAUCUUCACAUAUUAGUGAUGAAGACAGUGUUCCACAAGCUCAAACAUUCAGCCAAAUGUCUCCACCCCAAGUUGAAUCCACAACCAAGAAAUCACAACGUGGCAUCAACUUCUCCAUAGAAGAAGACAUCCUUCUUGUGUCUGCCUUUCUUAAUGUCAACCAAGAUGUAGUGAAAAGUAAUAACCAAAAACGCGAAACAUAUUGGACGAGAAUUUGGGAGUACUACCACAAGUGGAAGACCUUCACUUCUGAGCGAACGGCGGGUUCUCUUAUGAACCGAUGGUCAACGAUUCAACUUUCCACCAAUAAGUUUUGUGGGUUUUUGUCACAAAUUGAAUCGAAGAAUGAAAGUGGUAAGACUAAAGAAGACAAGCUUGUUGCAGCAAGAAACCUUUAUAAUGCAAUCUAGGGCACCAAAUUUCAGUAUGAGCAUUGUUGGAAUUUGUUAAAGCACUCACCAAAAUGGCUGGUUAUUGUUAACAAUCAACAACCAAAAAAAAUGAAAAAAAGGAGAUUUGAGCCAUCUUCACCUUCUAAUUUGGAGUUUGAACAUUUAGAGGAUGAUGAUGCUCUACAAGUUCCGAUUGUAAACUUGGAGAGACCACCAGGGGUGAAAGCUGAAAAAGAAAGAUUGAAGAAACAAAAAUGCAAAGAAGGUACGACUUCUCACAUAGAAGAUGUAUUGAAUGUUAUGAUGGAAGAAAAAAGAAAAAUGAAUGAGAUGAAAAUGGCUUGUAUUGAGAAAGGACGUCUUGCAGACCAUGAGCAGGAGAUGGCUCGAAUUCUUCUUGAGGAUAAAAAACUUGAAACGGAAAAAAUGAAAAUAGAAUUGGCUAUGAAAAAUUUGAAAGAGGCAAAUGUAAUGGAAAAAAUGAGAUUGAAUAGAUUGAAGGAGGACAAUGAAAUGGAGAAAAUUAGAAUGAAACAAGUGAAGGAGGAAACAGAGAUUAUGAUGAUGGAUGUAAGUACGUUGUCUUCAAUGCAGCAAGAAUAUAUUCAUCAGCGCCAAAUGGAGAUCCUUGAAAAACGAAGGUCUAGUCAUUAGACUACUAUAUUCAUCAAUGCUCUUGUUUUGUAUGAUUAAGAGAGCGCUUAAAACUUUUUUUUUUUUUGUUACAAUAUGAUUCUACUGACUAAGGAUACAUGUUGGGUCACUCACUUUUUUUUGUUGCAAUGUGAUCCUACUGUACUAUAUACAUGUAUCCAAGAUGAUGUUCAACUUUACAGCUAAUUUUCAUUAGCUUUUAAAAUGUAAAACUUCUUUUGUAUCAGUAGCUUGCUACAAUGAAACAGGCAGGUUUAGUAUUUAGUGUUAACUGUGAAAUGUCAAA